CCACAAAACAAAAUACCAAUAAACUAAUUAAACCUAUCUUUUCUCUCUGAAGUACAUAAUUAAUAUGGGUAGCUUGAUUGGGCAUGUGUUGCCAGGCCUUGGCUUCUUCCUAAUUGGGUUAUGGCAAUUGGUAAACCACAUCAAACUCCAUGCUCGCCAUCCCAAGUCAUACACCUCUGUCCCAUUCUUCCCAAUUAAGAAGUCGAGGUAUGGAGAACUCUAUUUCAUGAUGAUAGGCAGCACAAUCUCCAUUCUCAUGGAGCUCUUUGUGGGUCCUGUGAAACACCAUCCUUUCGACACCGAUGGGACCAUCCCAACCACCCAUCUUCACAAUUUUGAGCAUGCUUCCAUUUCCUUGACCAUUUUAACCUACGCUGUUUUUGCUAAGAUCUUGGACCGUUUUGGACGUCCCAAUUCCAAGUAUGGUAUGACCUUGGCAUUGGGAGUAUUGGCAUUUUGGCAAGAGUACAUCCUCUUCCACCUCCACUCAACUGACCAUAUGGGAUUGGAGGGGCACUAUCAUUGGUUUCUUCAGAUUCUUAUCCUCGUAUCGCUCAUUACCACUGUCCUCGGUAUUCCCUACCCAAAGAGCUUCAUGGUCAGCUUUGUUAGAUCCUUUAGUAUUGUUUUUCAGGGUGUGUGGUACAAUGUGAUGGGAAUCAUGCUUUGGACAAAGGCUUUGAUGCCCAAAGGCUGUUUCAUGCACUUGGAGGAAGCCCACUAUGUGGUGUGGUGCAAUACACAAGAAGCUCUAGACAGGGCCAAAGCACUAACCACACUCGAAUUCAGCUGGUACUUGGUUAUAUGCAUUGUCCUCACCAUGUGUUUAUACUUGUACAUGAUCAAAGUCUACCCCGAGCAAGAUGAGCAUGAGGCUUCGGCAAAUUUUUUAUCAGAUGAUCAUCAAGAAGAGAAGGAACUCGUUGAUUCCGAGGCUCAAAAGAAAAGCCGCAACUUUGGGCUCUUAGAUGUUUUCAUUAGUAAGAUUUACAAGGGAUCCAAAGCAUAAUCAUGAGAGGUAAGAAUUGAAAGAGAUUAAUGAAGACACAAUGAUAUACAUUUAUGUUAGUGUACGUGUGAUCAGAUCCAGUGUAAUGGUUUAUGUUUGCUUCAAUUGAUUUGCGUUUGAUGUAUCCUAUUUAUGUUGGAAUGUGACAAAUUAAUUUUCAAUA